UUUUUUUUUUUAAAUUCAAGAUGAGUCACCAACAUGGACCUGGAUGUAAUCAUGGACCUCAAGAAGGCCAAAGAACAAUUCAAGUGAAUGAUGCUAAUAAGGCAGAAGAAAUCUACAAGCUUACAGCCAACUACUUGAAGAAUGAAAAACAAUCUGGUCUGAAAGCAAGAAAUGGUGUAUUUAAUGGCAAACGAUUUGAUUAUUUUAAGGGUAAAAGAGGUAUUGAUGCCUUAUUAAAAGAGAACUAUGCCAAAAUCACCAAACAUCCUCAACCACCUACCACACGCGAAGAAGCAUUCCAGUUGUUCAAUGAUAUGGGUAAAUAUGGGUUUGUUUUACGUGUUGAUCGUGGUGAGUCAAUAGGUGGUAAAGGCUCACCUCGUAUUCUUCAACCCAACCCUGUUCAGGAAGUACAAGAAGAUGGAUACUACAUGUGGAUCUGGGAAGGUUCUCAAGUCAAGAAUUACUUGGGUGCUAUUGGUCUUGUGUCUGUCAUUUUGGCUGGUGUCUUGUUUCCUCUAUGGCCCAACUUUUUAAGAAUGGGGGUAUGGUACCUUAGUGUGGCUGUUCUUUGUUUGAUUGGUUUGUUCUUUGCUAUUGCCCUUGUCCGUCUUGUUCUUUAUAUCAUUACCUAUCCUGUGUUGCCACGUGGAUUUUGGUUAUUCCCUAAUUUGUUUGAAGAUGUUGGUAUUAUUGAAAGCUUCAUUCCGUUAUAUGGAUUUGACCCUAUUAAAGAAGACAAAAAGAAGUCUAAAAAGAGUAAAUCAAAGGAAACUGCAUCUACAUCAAAAGAAUAAUAAAAAGAUUUUGGCAUAAAUAAUGAAUAUCUUGUGCUACCAACCAAUCAUGAGCAAUAAAGAGUGAAUAGACACUGUGUCGUUGACGUCAUUUUCCAC